AUGAAUCAGAGGUGCCUCUACUGGUUGCGGCUAAAGUUAGCAACAGUAGUGACUUUAGCGGUAGCAGUGGUUGCGGAUGAAGAUGUUGCUACUUUGCCUCUUCAGUUGUUCCUACCGUCACUCGUGGUGCUGCUAUGUGGCGUUCAGAGUCACUCGGUGGAUUCCAUUCCCACGUACGAAUACAAAGACCCGUCUACUGGUGAGACGAUCUCGUGCAACAAGUGCUCCCCUGGCACGCACAUGUCCGCGCACUGCACAUUCAGCACGCCCACGCGGUGCGCGCCGUGCAGAUGGAACCACUUCACGGAGCUGUGGAACUACCUGCCCAAGUGUCUCUACUGCAACAACUUCUGCACUGACGACCAGGAGGUGGAGACGGAGUGCAGCCCACGUAACAACAGAGUGUGUCGGUGCAAGGAGGGCUUCUACUUGAGCGAGGACUACUGCCACAGACACUCCAAGUGUGCCCACGGACAAGGCGUUCUAAUCAGAGGUACACCACAAAAUGACACUGUCUGUCAGAGGUGCUCUGUAGGCUUCUUCUCCGAAUCUUCCUCCGCACUAGAGGAGUGUGUCAAACACAAGGAGUGUGUCAACGGGAAGCUGGUUCUUCUCCCUGGCUCCGUAUCCCAUGACACAGUGUGUGGCCUCUGUGAGGAACUCGCAAAUGGAGGUGAAACGCUCAGGACUUUCCUCUCUGGCUUCUUUAGUAUGCACAGGAUGCGGGCGGUAAAAAUGAGAAGAUUUGUUCACAAGUAUAUCAAUAGGUUAAGUAAGGGAAAACAAAUCAUUCGCGUUGGCUUUGCUCUGCAGCAGCAGCGAGGUCAUCUGUUGGAUCAAAUCAAGGGGUGGCUGCAUCAGGCCCCAAAAGAGCAGUUGGAGAAACUGCCGCACAUUCUGAGAACUACUCAGCUCUCCUCUAUGGUGGACAAGUUGGACAAGCGGCUCAGAGAGAUUGAGCAGCAGACACCAAAUUGUAGUUUAUCACAUGUGUUCUCAUUCAACUGAAGCUGGCUGUUAUUUAGCAUCACAUUCUGUUGCCCUCUGUAUCUCUAGCUCUCUAUCUGUGAUAACCAAGUACAAAUGUCACUGUCCUCAAAAAUUGUGAAUGCUGAGAGAUAAUCAAAUAAAAAGAUAAAUUAA